CCUAUCUAAUUUUAGAUACUAUUUGAAUAAAUCGUUGCUUGCGUUGAUGUUAUCCAGUUCAGAUUAAAAUAUUACGGAAAAAACACAACUCUACACGGAUUGAAAUAUGUAGCCGACGAAAAGCGGCCUACCAUAAUAAGAUUGACCUGGACAGCAAUUUUUAUUUUGAGCUUUUAUGGUAUGAUAUUAGUCUUCAAAGCUUCGUAUAAAUCAUACACUGAGAACGCCAUCAGUUUCGUCACAGAAACCGCUUACUUGAACUGGAACACUUCUUUUCCAGCUGUCACACUUUGCGAAAUUAGCAGUUCUGAAGUGGCCUGGAACGGUGAUAAAGAAGAGGCCGAAGCCGUCCAGCAGUUUAUUGCAGAUUUAAUAUUUUUUACCGGCAGCUGUUAUUCUUGUCACACACCAUGUAGCAUUUGUGAGAAAUUGGACUUUGCUGAUAUUGUUGAAAAAUUCCGAAAGAAGUGUUCACAGCUUUUAUCAAAAUGUAAAUGGAAUGAAACCCCUUUUGACUGCUGUGAGAAAUUUCUGCCGCUGGAAACUGAAUAUGGAAUAUGCUAUUCAUUCAAUUCUCUCCACACAAAAAAGCCGUCUCAACAUGCUUCAGAUUUUCAUUUCUUUUCGAACAGAAAAACGGGUCCGGGAGCACUGUUUAUACAAACUAUAGAAGAUGUUAGGUUAUAUUUCCACGCUCGAGAGGAUGUUCCUUUUAUAAAUUCGGAUCCCGACCAACGAAAAGACGUCAUGCUAGGGGAAACUUACAAUAUUUCUAUAAAUAUAAUAGAGAUAGAAAAUGACGAAAACGUGAGGCUUUUACCAGUCGAAAAACGCAGAUGCAGAUUUCCUGAAGAAAAACCGAACGAUUUAAUUGUUCACGAGUUUUACAGUUAUUCGACUUGUGUUGUACAAUGCCAUGCUGACGCCCAUAUCGAUUUAUGCAACUGCACUCAUCAUCUGAUGCCUGUUUUAAACAAGAAAAAAUACUGUGACAUCGAGGGUUUGAAGUGUUUAACUGACAACUUUGAGACAGUAAAUAGACUUCAUGCCAAAGGAUUUGACAAGCCGGGAUUAGUUUGUGAUUGCCUGCCGUCUUGCAUUGAGCCCGAAUAUAAAGUUGUGGCAGAUACAAAAGAAGUUAAAAGUUCCCAUGGUGAGAUUUUUAUUAACUUGCAGUCAUUACCGACAUCACGUUUUAAACGUAUUGUUGUAAGAACUACGAUGGACUUAGUAGUAUCAAUUGGAGGAACUGCAGGACUGUUCAUUGGAGCGUCUAUUCUAAGCAUCGUUGAAACGUUUUACCUACUUUGCCUAAGGCGGCGUAUUGAAUAAUCAUUUACAACUCAACCAAUAUCUCUCUGCGCAAAAUUUCAUUCAAUACAGGUAAAUUAUCUGCAGGUACCUAAAAGCACAACAAAUGUUACAAAAGUAACAAAAAAAUAUUUUACUCACACUAUGUCCAGCUCUGAAAAUAACAUAAAACACUAAAUUAUCAACUUUUUUUGAAUAUCCCUCAAUUAUAUCAUACAUUUCAAACACAGUCUCAUUCUGAGUUGACCACUUUUCUUUCCCUGUCCACAUUAAAUUGUCUAACCAAGUCACUGUUCCUAAAUUUAAUAACAUAAUUAGUUGCCUGAUAGCGUCGGUAAUUAAAUUCUUGACAAGGCUGUAAUUUUUUAGAAUUUUCAGAUUUAAUUAUUACCUGAUAAAGUUUUUCGAAAAAGCCUCAGGCUGUUUUACUUUUAAACUUAAA